AUGAUCAAAGAGGCUGGACUCACAGGAACAAGAGCAGCACGACCGGAGGACCAGAUGUCGACUCUUUUCUCCGACUAUUUGACUUCGGUCCAAUCACAACAGGAGGAGCCAUCACAUGAUCCACAGACAGAGCCAAUCAGCUGUGAGUUCUCACCUGAGCCAGCCGACCAAUGGGACGAGGCCACCUCCCCCAAACAGAUGAGUUUCCUCAAUCAUAGCCGACGUAUCACUCUGGCCACUGUGGUGAAGUGUUUGAAACAGAAGAGACUGGAGGAACUGCAGCGCCCCCUGUUGGACGCAGGAUUCAUCAACCAGCCACAUCUGGAUCUCCGGUCUUUGGUCUCAAGAGGAGGUGGUACAGCUGGAGAAGCUGUAGGAGGAGGACCUCAGGUGGCCCUGACCCCACUGGUCUCAGAAGGAGGACCUCAGGAGGCCCUGGGCCCCCUGGUGGUGGAGCUUGGGUCCCUGCGCUCUCAGCUCCUACUGUCACAGGAGGAGCUGAGAAACAUGACCAGUGUCCAGAGACAGAAGCAGAGAGAGAGUGAGGAGCUGAUGCUGCGUCUGCAGCGACAGAUUUCUCAUCAACAGCAGCAGCUUCUGGAACAACAUUACACAAUCUGUGUCCUCCAGCAAUAUAUACAGACUCUGAGUCACAUGACUAUGAUGAUGGUUCCAGAACAGCACCACGAGAGUUUCCCGCUGCACUCAGCCCCACCCCCUCUGAUCACACCUGGACACGCCCCCAUCCACAUGCAGGAGCCGCUGAAUCUCACGUCCCCAAACAAGAGACCAAGACUGGACUGGACCAGACCAGGUCAAGAGCAUCUGGAACCGGUUCACACAGAGAUCCGCAGUCUAGACCAGGACAGACACUGGCCUCUGAAUCGGAUCAAACUUGGACCAGACUCAGACCAGGACCAGGAUCUGGACCGAGACCUGGACCUGGAAGAAGACUCCUCAGGUCUAUGUUUGACCCACAUGGUCCCGGUCCGGCCCAGGUCUGGGUCCAGGUCUGGUUGUGUAGAGCCUCACAUCAAACGUCCCAUGAAUGCGUUUAUGGUUUGGGCUAAAGACGAACGACGGAAGAUCCUCCAGAGACAUCCAGAUCUGCACAACUCAAACAUCUCUAAGAUCCUGGGGCGGCGCUGGAAGGCUAUGGCCGCUCCCCAGAAGGCUCCCUUUUACGCAGAGCAGAUUCGGCUGCGCAGACUUCACCUGGAGACAUAUCCUGACUACAAGUACAAGCCCCGCCCCAAACGCACCUGCUUCCUGGAGGGGCGCAGACUCAGCAUCGGCCAAUACAAACAGAUGUUGCGGCAGAGGAGGCGGGGCUGCAUGAUCCUCCCACCCCUGCCUGCAGAGUCCUGUCCAAGAGUUACCUUGGUUAGCAGCAGCAGUGACGCUGCUUAUUCUGUCACCACAGCAUCCGCUGAAGACGUCCCCUCGGCAACCGCAGAAAACACCACGCCAACGCAGAAUAACACUGAAAACACACCAUGA